CCCACUGGCAGGAGGACCGCGCCGCCACUCCUCCGCUCUCCGCCCCCGCCUGAGCCCGGCAGGCCGCGCGCCGCUCGUGUGGCCGCAACAUGGAUGUGAACGUGACGGACAGCGAAUGGCGGACCAUUGCUUUCCGGCAGAAGGUGGUGGCGCAGAUAGACGAAGCUAUGCGGACGGCUGGAACUCCUGUCACCAAAUCCAGCAAAGACAUGGAGAACCACGUCUUCCUGAAAGCAAAGACCAGGGAAGAGUAUCUCAGUCUGGUGGCAAGGCUUAUUCUGCAUUUUCGAGACAUCCAUAAGAAGACUCGAGCUGGCGAUCCAAUGAACGCUUUGCAGAACUUGCAAGGUGGUCCCACGGGGAGCUCGAGUGGGAUGAUGGUCACUCGUCCCCCCGGAGCCCCUUUGCCCGGAAUGGCAGGUCUGGGACAGGUGAAUCAAUCAAUAUCACAUCCUGGACAGCCUCAGCCGGGUACGUCUGGAAUGGUGCCUCAUAUGCCUGGCUUCCCGCCAAGCACCCAGCAGCAGUCCCAGUUACAGAUGCAGCAGAUUGCUCAGCAGCAGCAGCAGCAACAGCAACAGCAGCAACAGUUCCAGGCGCAACAGGCUGUGCAACAACAGCAACAACAACAGCAGCAGCAGCAACAGCAGCAACAGCAACAACAGUUCCAGGCACAGCAGCAGAUAAUGAAACUGCAGUUGCAGCAGCAACAACAGAGAUUGAUGCAACAACAGCUCCAGCAGCAUCAACAUAUCCAGCUCCAGCAGCUCCAGCAGUUGCAGUCUCAGUCUCAACCCCAGUCACAAAUGGCACCACAAUCCCAACCACAGCCCAUGGUUGCACAGGUACCUGGCCAGGCGGGCCAGGUUUCCAUGUCUUCAUCCUUGACGCAGCAGCAGCUACCACCGAUCAAGCUUCAGGCCCAACAACAGGUCCGUGCGCAGUUUCCUCAGGGGCAGACGGUCCAGGCCCAAGCACAGGCCCAAGCUCAAGCUCAGGCACAAGCUCAAGCCCAGGCUCAGGCCCAAGCCCAGGCUCAAGCCCAGGCCCAAGCUCAGGCUCAGGCUCAGGCUCAGGCCCAGGCUCAAGCUCAAGCCCACGCCCAGGCCCAAGCUCAGGCCCAAGCUCAGGCCCAGGCCCAAGCUCAGGCCCAGGCCCAGGCUCAGGCCCAAGCUCAAGCCCAGGCUCAGGCCCAGGCCCAGGCUCAAGCUCAAGCUCAAGCUCAGGCACAAGCCCAGGCCCAAGCACAAAUGGGAGCAGGAGGGCAGAUGAUGUCUUCUAUGACCCGCAUUGUGCGACCACGGUUCCCACCUGCCUCUGUUGCAUCGUCCACGCCUCAAAACUCCAUUCCUCUGGGAGGACAGCAAAUGGCACAGGUUAACAAUACGAUUGCCAUGAUACCGUCUCCUGUCCAGCAGCCGAUGCUUCCACCCCCACAGCCUCAGCCGUCUCCCCAGCCUCCUUCAUCCCAGCAGAGCUCUGUGAGUUCUGGUCCAGCUCCAUCCCCAAGUGCUUUCCUACCAAGUCCAUCCGCACAGACAACACAGAGCCCAGCUGCCGCACGGACACCACAGAACUUCAGCGUCCCUUCCCCAGGCCCUCUCAACACUCCAGGGAACCCAGGCUCAGUUCCAAGCCCAGCUGGUCGGACACAGACUGAGGAACAGCAGUACCUGGACAAACUGAAGCAGCUGUCCAAGUAUAUCGACCCUUUGAGGCGGAUGAUCAAUAAAAUAGACAAAAAUGAAGACAGAAAGAAAGAUCUAAGUAAAAUGAAGAGUCUUCUGGACAUCCUCACGGACCCUAACAAAAGGUGUUCUUUGGCAACUCUUCAAAAGUGUGAAAUUGCGUUGGAAAAAUUGAAGAAUGACAUGGCAGUGCCUACACCUCCACCUCCACCAAUGUCGAUCACCAAGCAGCAGUACCUGUGCCAGCCCCUCCUGGAUGCAGUCCUGGCUAACAUACGCUCCCCGGUCUUCAACCAUUCCUUACAGCGAACCUUUGGACCUGCUAUGACUGCCAUCCACGGACCACCGAUCACGGCGCCUCUGAUCUCCCCACGGAAGCGCAGACACGAAGAUGAUGAGAGACAAACCAUUCCCAAUGUCUUACAGGGGGAGGUCGCACGGCUCAAUCCUAAAUUCCUGGUGAACUUGGACCCUUCCCAUUGCAGUAACAAUGGAACAGUCCACCUCAUAUGCAAGUUGGAUGAUAAGAGUCUCCCCAGUGUCCCCCCACUGCAACUCAGUGUUCCAGCUGACUACCCAGACCAGAGCCCACAGUGGACGGAUGACUCUCAGCAGUAUGAGGCCAACCCAUUCCUGCAGUUGGUUCACCGUGCAAUGACGUCCAAGCUUCUGCAGCUGCCAGAUAAGCACUCUGUCACUGCACUCCUCAACACCUGGGCACAGAGUGUGAAGCAGGCGUGCCUGUCUGCAGCAUGACCCCUUUCGGCAAGGUGCCUGCACCUUUCCACCUGGAAUCUAUCUGUAACCAAGCAGCCUUUUCAUGGAUUCAUGAAAACAGGAAGUUAGAUGUAUGGAGAAGGACUUACACCAUUUCGCUCUCUUCCUGGUCACCUUAAAAUACACAGAACUUUUCCAUUGCUUUUUCUGGAUAUAAAGAUAUGUAUCAAGAAUUCAAAACAUUAUUUACAAUCCUUGUUUCUCUUUCAGAUGAUGUUUUUUGCCCAAAGGGAUGUUAGUAUCCCAUAUGUUCCUUGGGUAAGCGUGUUUUUAAUAAUGUAUCAGUGAAGUUACCACUGGAGUAAAUUGUUUUCCACAGAA